AUAGUACUUUGUAGCACUGUGAUUUAUCUUAAUUUAACAAUUAAAGACUCUUAUAGUUCAAAGUAUUGUGAAAAAUAUUAUUCUACAUUGAAAUGGAAGGUUCUACUUAUCGGAAGCAUUUGUAUCCUGUUUCCCAAUGUUGCGUCGUGAGCUGCAACAGUAAAGUGACAGAUAAAAGUAAAAAAUUUUAUUCUUUUCCAACGGAUAGCAAAAUUUAUCCUCUUAAGGCUAAAAGAAGAGAGAAAACAACGAUGACAUGUUGUGGGUGCCUACGAUACAUCAUAAAAUCUGCUGUCGUCACUUUAUUGGAAAUGAAAAAUCAGACGAUUUUCAAAGCCCAAGUUAUAACCCGACAAUAUUUCCAGCUUAUCGAACGGCAAUAUCUGCAUUUCCUGACGAUGCACUAA